AUGGGCGCUUUUCUUGAUAAGCCUAAAACUGAGAAAACAAAUGAUAUUGGAGUUGGGAGGGAUUAUCGUUAUGUAGUGGCCUCAAUGCAAGGUUGGAGAAUUGAUAUGGAGGAUGCCCAUCAUGUUAAAAUUUCAAUAGGGAAGGACCCUCCUUUUGAGAAUUGGUCUUUCUUUGCUGUAUUUGAUGGUCAUGCUGGGAGUAAUGUUGCCUUCCAUUCAGCAGAAAAUUUAUUGCAAACUUUAUUGGAAACACAGGCAUUUCGUGAUGUCAAGGCAGAGUUAAACUCAAAUGACCAAAAAAUUACUGAAAAGUCAAAGACAUUAAUUAAGGAAGGAAUGAGGUCAGGUUUUCUGCAAUUAGAUGCUUCUAUGGAAAACUUACCUGGUGGGACAGAGAAAGAACGAAGUGGAACCACAGCAAUUUGUGCCAUUCUCACACCAGAUUAUAUUUUCUUUGCAAAUUUGGGCGAUUCAAGGGGGAUUCUUAGCCGGAAAAGUGACAAUAUUUUUAGCACUGAAGAUCAUAAGCCUUACGUUGAAAAAGAACGCGACAGAAUUGUCAAGGCUGGUGGUUCUGUGAUGAUUCAGAGAGUUAAUGGAAGCCUUGCCGUUUCAAGAGCACUUGGAGAUUAUGAAUAUAAGUCUGUUCCUGGAUUAUGUCCUACUGAUCAAUUAGUUAGCCCAGAACCUGAUAUUUAUAUCAUUGAAAGGAACAAAGAGGAUGAUGAAUUUCUUGUUCUUGCCUGUGAUGGAAUUUAUGAUGUGCUCGAAAACGAGGAACUUUGUCGUUUAGUUCGUUCUCGAUUAACUGUCACAGAAGAUUUAAAGGUUAAAAUUUAUUUUUAUUUUAUUAAUCCUAUUCUUCAGCGUGCUUCAAAUCAAGUUCUUGAUGUUUGUUUGUCGAAGGGAUCACGUGACAACAUGACAAUGAUUAUGGUUGUUUUUGAUGCGGCACCUAAAGUUAACGAGGAAGCGGUUAAGUUGGAGAAUAUAUGGUUGGAGAGUGUCGACAAAAGACUUAAAGAUUCGAUAACGCUCAUUCUGAAACAAGAAGGUUUUGAUGAUGAUUCUCCUUCGACGUGUGACAUACAUUUGGCCCGUUCUUUGAUAGAUCGUAUUUUGGAAGAAAAGAAUAAGAUUGAAGAAUCUCAGCAAAGGCAACAAUCUCCGCAACAGCAAGAAGCGAAUAAUUUAAGUAACAAUUUGGUAGAAAAUACUGAUGAUACUAUUAAAACAGCGACGGAAGUUGAGGCAGGAGAAGAAAUUGAUUAUGAUCAAAUUGCCGCCUAUUUUUUGGGUGUGUUGCCUCGAGAGUUUCAUGUUCUUUUGGGGAAGCGAGAAGAAUCGGCUUUUGAGCGUCUUAUCCUUAUGUCAUUUGUUUUGGUUUUUCUUAAAGCAGCGACAUUUGCUCUGAUAAAAUUACUUUCUUCUUUGCUCUACUUACGAUGUCGGCGUUUACUUGGAUUUGUUAUGCAUCGACUUUAUUUUAAACGUCACGCUUUUUAUUUACUGACAAAUUCCUUGGACAAUCCUGAUCAACGUAUGACUCAAGACAUUGAAAAAUGUACACGGUUACUUGCUUGUGAAUUACUUGGUCCUUUAUUAUUAACUCCAUUUAUUGUUAUUUAUUACACUUAUUUGACAUAUAAUAGUUCUGGAUAUUUAGGACCUCUUACUAUUUAUUUGUUUUUUACUUCUGCAACAAUUAUUAAUCGAAUCCUUAUAACUAAAACAAUUCCUUUGGUUGCAGAACAAGAAAAAAGGGAAGGAGAUUUAAGAGCAAGACAUUUAGAAGUUCGGACAAAUGUAGAAUCAAUUGCUUUUUAUCAGGCGGGAUUUACAGAAAAUGUUUUUACAAAUCAAAAACUUAAACAUUUGUUAAAAACACAAAAAAUUUUGAUUAUUUGGCAAUUUUGGUUAAAUUUAGCCACAAAUUGUUUUGACUUUUUUGGAGGAAUUCUAAGUUAUAUUAUUAUUGCUAUUGCUAUUUUUGUGCAAAAUAAAUAUGAUGACAAAAUUGGACCUCCUGAAUUGAAUGGAAUAGUUAGCGAAAAUGCUUUUUAUUAUCUCUAUUUGAUUCGAAGUUUUACUGGUCUUAUUUCUUUGUCACAAAAUGUGGGAGAUUUCGGUGGUGUUACCCAUCGUGUGGUUGAGCUUUAUGAAGAAUUAACGAGGGUACAUAGUGAUCAAUUAGAGACUGAACGCCCUCCUUCGACAGUUCCCAGUUCUGUUGUUGUUAUUGCCUCUGAUGAAGGAAAAAGUUCAAAGAUUGGAUGUGGUUGUGUUAAGAAAACUCCAAAAGAUGAUUCGAAUGGAAGAAUACAAAAAGAAUUACAUGGACGCCAGACACAACAUGCUAUUUUGGCUAGUGAUUCCGAUGAUGAUGAAGCAGAAUAUUUACUAGGUGAAAAUGGUUCUCAAAGAAAUUGGUUAGAUUUGGCUGCAGAGCCAGCAAUUGUUUUUGAUUCUGUUACAAUUGUUUUGCCUGAUGACCCAACACGUGUAUUAAUACUUAAUCUUUCAUUACAGGUAAUGCAAAACCGUAAUUUGCUCAUAAGCGGUGAAUCUGGAACUGGGAAAACUUCUUUAUUACGUGUAAUGGCUGGUUUGUGGAAUUGUUGUUGUACAGGGAAUGUCGAAAGAAAUAGGCCAUUACGUCCUCCUUCAUCACUUUUCUUUGUCCCACAACGUGCUUAUUUUCCAUUGGGUCAUUCACUUCGUCAACAAUUAGUUUAUCCAUUAAAAGCAUUGCCAGUAGAGAGGGAUUUGGAUAGGCUUGCCAAAAUACUUGAUUGGAUUAAGAUGGAUUAUUUACUAGUUCGUUGUGGUGGUUUUGAUGCUACUCGUUUAUCAAUUGGACGUGUUCUCUAUCACCGUCCACGAAUAGCUUUCCUUGAUGAGGCAACUAGUUGUUUAGGGUUUGAUAUGGAAAGUGCUCUCUACCAACUUUUUCGAGAAGAGGGAAUAACCGUUGUUUCUACAGGACAUCGUUUUUCCCUUAAACAAUUUCAUGACUUGGAACUUUCUUUGAGGGGACGGCAAUGGACGAUAAUUGAUUUAUUGGAGGCAAGUCAUACAGAUCGCUCAAUUACUUCAAAUAACACGGCUUCUUAG